CACAAGUCACAACAAAGACACUUACUUCACUUACUUCAGCUUUGGAGUUUUGUUUGAAGCUGCAAUGAGCUUGAGUAGGGAAGAUUGUGAAGAUGGAAACAACCUUAAGAAGCCUUUCCUCUACACUGGUAGCUGGUACAAAAUGGGAUCAAAACAAUCAAACUUGUUAAACUCUUCAACUCAAUAUGUCAUUCGAGAUUCAUCUGUUUCUGUUCUCUUCUGUGUCCUCAUUGUCGCAUUAGGUCCUCUUCAAUUCGGCUUCACGUGUGGUUAUACUUCUCCAACACAAGAAAGUAUAAUCAGUGAUCUAAAGCUCUCACUUUCCGAGUUUUCUCUUUUCGGAUCUUUAUCCAAUGUGGGAGCCAUGGUGGGAGCCAUUGUUAGUGGUCAAAUGGCAGAAUACAUAGGGCGCAAAGGGUCAUUGAUGAUUGCUGCAAUCCCCAACAUAAUAGGAUGGUUGGCCAUCUCCUUUGCCAAAGACUCGGCAUUUUUGUUUAUGGGGAGGUUUUUGGAAGGUUUUGGCGUUGGAAUAAUCUCUUACGUGGUGCCUGUUUAUAUAGCUGAGAUUUCACCUCAAAAUAUGAGAGGUACACUUGGAUCAGUUAACCAGUUAUCUAUCACAAUUGGAAUAUUGUUGGCUUAUUUGUUAGGCUUUUUCGUUAACUGGAGAGUACUUGCAGUUUUAGGAACUUUGCCAUGUUUAAUAUUAAUACCUGGAUUAUUUUUCAUACCGGAAUCACCAAGAUGGUUGGCGAAGAUCAGAAUGACUGAAGAGUUUGAGUCUUCUUUGCAAGUAUUACGAGGAUUUAAUACUGAUAUAUCACUUGAAGUACAUGAAAUUAAGAGCUCGGUCGAAUCAAUGGGAAAAGGUGUUACAAUUCAGUUUGCAGAUCUUAAGAUGAAAAAGUACUGGUUUCCUUUAAUGGUAGGGAUUGGAUUACUUGUACUCCAGCAAUUGAGUGGAACCAAUGGAGUGUUGUUUUAUUCAAGUACAAUCUUUCUAAAUGCAGGAGUUUCAUCUAGCAAUGUUGCUACAGUUGGACUCGGUGUUAUUCAGGUCAUAGUUACCGGAAUCACUACUUGGUUGGUGGACAAAAGUGGAAGAAGACUACUUCUAAUAGUAAGCAUUAUGCAAAAUCUACAUAAACAUUUUCAAGAAAAAGUAAUCUAUAAUGUGUUAUUACUUAUGCAGGUAUCUUCAUCUAUAAUGACAUUGAGCCUUUUUCUUGUUUCUAUAGCAUUCUAUCUCGAGAAAAUCACAGAGAAGGAUUCUACUCUAUACAGUUUUUUAGGAAUACUUUCUGUUAUCGGCCUUGUGACUAUGGUGAUUGGAUACUCUCUUGGAAUUGGACCAAUUCCUUGGCUUAUAAUGUCUGAGAUACUUCCGAUGAAUAUAAAGGGUCUUGCCGGAAGCAUAGCCACUUUAACAAGUUGGUUAACAUCAUGGAUAAUCACAAUGACUGCAAACUUGCUAUUGACUUGGAGCAGUGGAGGAACAUUCUUAAUGUACACAGUGGUAGCUGCAUUCACUGUUGUUUUUGCAGCAAUUUGGGUUCCUGAGACAAAAGGAAGAACAUUGGAAGAAAUACAACUCUCCUUUAAAUAGAUAAUAAUGGAAAAUCAGAUGUG